AAUUAGAUCAAAAUCAUUCACCCCAAAAUUCUAAUCCCAUUUUGCAAGAAAUCCCACUUAUAGUGAUUCACCUCAAAAAGCAGCCUCCCUUUCCGCUCACCAAAUCAAACCUAUGUGCAAACUCAUGCACGCCAAGAAACACUACUACCCAUUACUAUAACUCAAACACAUGACUCCAUCAUCAAAUUACCAUUUCUUCAACUACUACUACUACUCCUCAUUCCACCACCACCACCUCCUUCAUUCCACAAUCAUGAACACGACUUCCUACGACCUCGCUCCGAGCGUGUCGGCCGCGGGCCUCCUCUCCUUCUUCUGCGAGAUACAGAAGAUGGAGAUCUUCCUGGCCGCGGCAGUGUUCGUGGUGAUACACUGCCUGCGGCAGAGGAAGCGCCACGGCCUCCCGAGCUGGCCCUUUGUCGGGAUGCUCCCGUCCCUGGUCCUCGGCCUGCGCGGGAACAUGUACGAGUGGAUCUCGGAUGUACUCAAGGGGCAAAAUGGUACUUUCAUGUUCAAGGGGCCGUGGUUCACCAACCUCAACUGCAUAGUCACAUCCGAUCCGCGCAACCUGGAAUACCUUCUCAAGACAAAAUUCCCCAAUUUCCCGAAAGGCGAAUACUUCCGCGCCACCGUCCGCGAUCUCCUCGGCGAUGGGAUCUUCAGCGCCGACGACGAGAUAUGGCAGCGCCAGCGGAAGACGGCGAGCCUGGAGUUCCACUCAGCGAAAUUCCGCCGCAUGACGACGGAUUCAUUACUGGAGCUCGUCCACGCGCGGCUGCUUCCGGUUCUAGAAGAUUCGAUUGAGAAAUCCGAGUGUAUUGAUUUGCAGGACAUCCUUCUCCGCCUGACGUUCGACAACGUGUGCAUGAUCGCCUUCGGGGUGGACCCGGGGUGCCUGCGCCCGGGGCUGCCGGAGAUCCCGUUCGCGGCGGCGUUCGAGGCGGCGACGGAGGCGACGAUCGCGCGGUUCGUGAUGCCGACGCUGGUGUGGCGGGCGAUGCGGUGGAUGGGGGCGGGGAGCGAGGGGAGGCUGAGGGAGGCGAUCAAGGGGGUGGACGGCUUCGCUGAGGAGGUGAUCAGGGAGAGGAGGAAGGAGAUGGCGGCGGAGGGGGCGGAGCGGCGGCGGAGGACGGAUCUGUUGACUGUUUUCAUGGGGAUGAAGGAGGAGGAUGGGAGGAGGGCGUUUUCGGAUAAGUUGUUGAGGGAUAUUUGCGUCAAUUUCAUUUUGGCGGGGAGGGAUACGUCGUCGGUGGCGUUGAGCUGGUUCUUCUGGCUGCUGGGGCAGAAUCCGGAGGUGGAGGAGAGGAUUUUGGAGGAGGUUUGUGGGAUAGUUAGAGAGAGAAAUGUAGAGAGAGAGGAGGAGGAGGUUGUGUUGAGGCCGGAGGAGGUGAAGAAGAUGGACUACUUGCAUGCUGCACUGUCUGAGGCUCUUAGGCUCUAUCCUUCUGUCCCUGUUGAUCACAAGGAGGUGUUGGAGGAUGAUAAAUUCCCAGAUGGAACGGUGUUGAAGAAGGGCACGAAAGUUGUGUACGCGAUCUACGCAAUGGGGCGAAUGGAGGGCAUUUGGGGGAGUGACUGCAGGGAAUUCAAGCCGGAGCGGUGGUUGCGCGACCGGCGCUUCAUGAGCGAGUCCGCCUACAAGUUCACGGCCUUCAACGGGGGCCCUCGCCUUUGCUUGGGCAAGGAUUUCGCCUACUACCAAAUGAAGUUCGCGGCCGCCUCCAUCUUGCUCCGGUAUAGGGUGGUGGUGGUGGAGGGCCACCCGGUGGUGCCUAAGAUGGCCUUGACUAUGUACAUGAAGUAUGGAUUGAAGGUGGUGUUAGAGAAGCGCGAUCGUAAUCAACUUGACAAAUAUCUCAGCUUCAAAGCCAUAUGAAAUUAAUGCUUAAUUACUAUGCUUUUAAAUUUAUACUCCUAUAUGAUUAUGUAUGCAAAAUGGGGGUGGGUAAUUGGUAAGCAUGGAGAAUUCUUGGAAUAAGAAGGAAAUGGAAAAGAUUAUUUUAUUCAAGUGGCUGGUUGAUUUUGUGAUGUAA